UCAUUACUAAUUUCACUCAGACUGUUUGGCUGUUGUUUAAUAGUUUAUUCAAAUUUUCAUUUUUAUCAAGCAAAAUAGACAAUAAUGUCAGUUCGUAGAGAUGGUAGAGAUGACCACAAACAACAUAGUACUGCAGAAAAUCCGCCCAUGUCUAGAUUAUUUGUAAUAUGCAAUAAAAAACAAGACGAAAACGAUUUUCGUAGAGCAUUUUCAAAGUUUGGCACGAUCGAAGAAAUUUGGGUGGUUCAGGAUAAGUACAGCGGUGAAAAUAAAGGAAUUGCAUACAUAAAAUACAACAGGACGUCAUCAGCUGCAAAUGCUUUAGAAGAGAUGAACGGGAAAGUCAUAAAUGGAUCUUCCCGGCCAAUUAAAGUUAUCGUUGCCUCAAGUCGUAAUCAAGGAUCUGGUCGUCACGAAAAUGAACAUGAAAAAUACGUUCGCCUUUUCGUAAUUGUUCCUAAGGAUAUGACAGAAAAUGAUCUAAAGACAGAAUUCGGAAAUUACGGCGAGGUAGACAAUGUCGACAUGUUAACAGACAAAGCAACAAAGGAACCAAAAGGAUUUGCCUAUGUUAAAUACAGAAAGUUUUCACAUGCAGCCAACGCAUUUGAGAACUGUGGCUUAAAGUUCAAAGCGGUGUUUGCCGAACCAAAAUCGUCCGGACGUGGUGCCACAUCGGACCGUUCAGAUACUCGCCUCUCACGCUCUGAUGAUUAUUCCUACAAUAACCGUUUUGAAUCAAGAGGAAGAAAUCAUAGAUCUGGGUCAUCGAAGCCUACGUUGAACAUUACCUGCAGUCAUUUGAUUGGCUACGAACAAUUAUGGCGUUUAUUCGACAUCAUUCCAGGCCUAGUACAUUGUGAAAUCACAGGAGAAUGUGACGACAAUCGAAAUUUUGCUAUUGCCGAAUAUACAACUCAUGAAGCUGCUUUAUAUGCCAGAAAUAAGUUACAUGGCUUCGAGUAUCCUUUAGACGACCAAAUAAUGAUUAGACCACUAGUAGCUAACAUCAAACCGAAUCUCGAAAAUAUUUUUCCUUUCGAAGGAACUAGACCACUGGUAUGUUCAGUGUCUUUGCCAGCUCCGAUGCCACAAGCUGAACCUGGUAGCUCAUGUGUUCAACGUUGUUUCAUCGUUUGCAUGCAAAAGCCACUUCCGUCGAACAUACUGACCAAUGUCUUCAGUCGGUUCGGAAGCUUAUUAGACGUAUACAUGUUACCGAAUAAAAGUUGUGGGUAUGCCAAAUAUGCAAAUUCGGAAAGCGCUCAAAAUGCCAUACAGACACUCAAUGGAGCCGAAGUUUGUGGUGUUAAGUUAAAGGUAAUGGAAGCAGAGGAACAGCAGCAAGGCUUUAAGCGACGCUCAGUAAAGAAAAUCGGACUAAAGGACAAAUUUCAGGCAACUAUGUCCUCCCAUCGAUCUCACUCGAAUCGUGAUGAUGACAAACGGGCCGAUGAUCCGCCAAUGUCAAGAUUAUUUAUUAUUUGCAACAAAAAUCAAAACGAAGACGAUUUCAGAGAUGCAUUCGAGAAGUUUGGCACUAUCGAAGAGGUUUGGGUGGUUCGUGAUAAAACAACAGGCGAUAAUAAGGGGAUUGUUUACAUUAAAUUCAACAAAACUUCGUCAGCUGCUCUUGCUCUUGAAGAAAUGAAUGGCAAAGUUUUACCAAACUCCAGCAGACCGAUUAAGGUGUUAGUUGCGUCGAGUCGCAAUCAAGGAUCUGGUCGUCAAGAAAAUGAACAAGAGAAAUACGUUCGCCUCUUCGUAAUUGUUCCGAAAGAUAUGUCCGAGGACGAUCUUCGUGCCGAAUUCGACAAAUACGGAGAAAUUGAAAAUAUUUCAGUAAUCAAAGACAAAGUAACAAAGGAAAGAAAAGGAUUCGCAUACAUCAAAUACACAAAAUUUUCACAUGCGGCCGAAGCUUUUGAAAGCUGUGGAUCAAAGUUCAAAGCAGUGUUUGCCGAACCGAAAUCGUCAUCGCGCAGUACGCAAGGCAGUUUUCCGGAUCGAUCUGAUUCCCGUGAAGCAAGAUCAUCGCGCUAUGAUGACUAUUCCAGUUUCAAUUUCGGUCGAAAUGAAUCUCAUGGAUCGUUUGUUAUGCCUAUAGUGGCAAGUGUUGCCCCAACUUCAUCCGAAGCUCAAUUGAACAUUAUUUGCAGUUCAUCGAUCAAUCAAGAUCAAUUGUGGCGUUUGUUCGACAUCAUUCCAGGGCUUGAUUUCUGUCAGAUCACAGGAGAUUGUGGUCGAAAUAGCAAUUAUGCCACAGCUGUCUAUAAUAACAAUGAAGCUGCCAUAUAUGCAAGAGAAAAAUUACAUGGACUCGAAUAUCCACCCGGUGAACGAAUAAUAAUCCGACCCGUAGCUCCAGUAACAACCGCGAAGAAAGAAAACCAGGAAAAGUUAUUUCCCUUCGAAGGACCAUCAAAAGACUUGUUCUGUAGUGUGUCACUUCCGUCAGUGGCACCGCUAGCAAAAACUGAUACACCAUGUGCCCAGCGAUGCUUCAUUGUUUGUGUGCCUAAGGCCCUGCCAUCGAAAAUGUUGAGCAACAUCUUCUGUCGUUUCGGUGAUCUGUUGGACGUUUAUAUGUUACAAAACAAAAACUGUGGUUACGCCAAGUAUGCUAGUGAAGAGAGUGCAUCGAAUGCAAUUAAAGUAUUGAAUGGUGCCGAGAUCUGCGGCGUUAAAUUGAAGGUCAUGGAAGCCGAAGAGCCCCGAGACGCUAAGCGAAAACGAUACGACGAUAAUCUGGAUUCGUCUUAAUGGAACGUAAGUUUGAGCACAUCUGGCGUCUGUUUUUUUUUAAUUCGAAUUUCAGAGACUUCACGUUCGAUUUGGGAUUGCUUUCGUUUUUCACUUGGCAUUGGUGGGUUACGGUGCUAUUAUUUUCUUUUUAUGCUACAUACUGAGGGUGUUUGGUUUCACCUUUGUUGUCACUUUUAUUAAAUUCAUCUAUGCCGUCAUUUUAUUAAACAUAUAUUCGUUCCGGUAAUUACAGAAACACCCUCAGAUGUAACUCAUACCUUAAAGCUUCUGUUUUUAAUUUUAAUUUUUUGACUUUUUUACUUUUUGCCUGUCGUACUAACAAGUUUUAAAGUGAAGCAAAAGAGUUCCUGAUACACGCGUUUUUCUACUGAUAAUCAAAAAACGUUUAUUUUUCACAGCAUAACAAACUGAACGAACAAAUAACUUACCCGACUACAAAUAAACCCAACUCUGAAACGUUAUCUGAGACUUUACGAAUCGAAGGCUACUAAACAGACGUUAUCUAGCAAAAAUACACAUUAACUACUACCCUA